AUGGAUUGCGUGAUGAAGAUGAUAGCUGACGGGCAGCAAGGACCGAUGAAUAAAAGUUUUGUUCAUCACGCUCAACAGCAAAACAGUGAGCAAUUGCAGACUCAAAUCGUUCAACAAUUACCUCUUGAUCAAGGUGCGAUUGGUCAAAGUUUUGCUCAUCAAGGACAAGAGCUUAACAGCCAUCAAUCUGAAACUGAAAUGGAUUGGGAAUCAAAUCUAGAUCAAGCAAGUGAAGUGAAAAAUAAGCCACAACCAAAGGCCACUCGAGGCCCAACUCUCAUGGGUGAUAUUUGGGCCAAAGUCCCUAAUGCAAAACCUAUUGUGAUUGAAUUUAACAAGAACUUCCAGCCCAUCGGCCCGUACAAGAAAAAGUUGACUGAGUUUCUGGGCACUUUAGCACGAAAUGACAAGUUUGUUCCAAUUAAUGUGUUUAAUUGGCGUCAUCUGCAUAAGGAUAGAAAAGAUGCAAUAAUAAGGAUGGUUAAGACUGAAAGAUUAGGACGAGCCCCCACACGUGUGGAGCUGUUCGCUUCAUGCUAUUGUGAUUCUGAGUGUAAUCCUUCAAAUCCUGAAGUUGGAGCUAAAGUUAUGGAAAUGAAAGAUAUUCAGUCAAAAUUACCUCCAGGAUCAGAAGAUCCACUUGGACCUAAUGAUACCUUUGCCAAAGUCAUGGGCAAAGAUCCUCCAGGUAGAGUUCGAAUGACGGGAUUAGGAGUGUGUCCUUCAGAUUUAUGGGUCAGCAAUCCAAGCCGAAAUGCAUGCUACCAAAUGGUUUUGGAGCAUCAGGAAUUGGUUCAACAACAACAAGCAACAAUUGCAAGAAUGGAAGAAAAGAUGGACAACACCUCGAGGUUACUUGCAAGAUUUGAAGAAAAGUUGCAACAUCAGCAAGUGUCAUCACUAGGAAACCAGUCCAACUCAACAAACUUGGGACAAAAUUUGAAGGCUGGGCGUGAGGUACUUCUGAAAAAUAUGGAGGGUAAGGUUGUUGCUCUAGGGUGGCUAAACAGCUUGGACCCAAAUCAAGUUGUUGGGGGAGCACAACUAGGAACUAGUUGCUAUGAAGUGCAUAUUUAUGUCGCCAUGGAGUCGGAAGAAGAGCUUAUGAGGCCUUAUACAAAUUUAAACACAAUCGGGGAUGCAGUUGGAACAUGCAUUGCAUGGUCACACAAAUUGGUGAUGCAUGUUGAAGAUUGA